UCUAUUCCAGGGUGUAGGGCGACGACUCGUGGGAAGGGUUCCAUACUAUAGGUUUGCGCCACACCUGUACAGCAACAGUCUUUUCCACCCUUCCGGUCAACCCCCACCCUGCGAGGCCUCAUGCGCCAUUUACAUGUAGCUAAAUUCGUGUUACAGGGCUCCUCAGAGUUUUGUCCGACCCGUCGCCGCUGAGUGUCGGACCGGUGACUCAAUCCUCUUUACCUUUUCACUCAGGCCUCGAAUAACAAAAUAGUCAAGUACUUCUCAUACACGCACCAUUAUCCAAUAUGUUAACUUGAGGCCCGAAACGCCACGAGCCAAGCCAAGCUUUCUGCGACCUCCGACAGGGCGCGCGGCGCCCAACGCGGUGAACCAGUGGGACAUAUGUGAGCACGAUCCUUGUAUCUAUCAUAAUGUCCUCGGCUAAGGACAACGAUGAUGGAGACGCGGGAAGCCGUAGUGGAGCCUCGAGCAGCGCUGGCGGGUCGCAGACCUCCAGCCAAAGGAGCGAUAGCAAGUUUUUGAAGCUGAAAGACCGAGCUGCAGCAGAGCGCGAGGAGGGGGACCUACUGGAGCAAAAGAGGUCAAUUCAGGAGGGCAUUUUCCAAUGCAUGUACACGCUUGUGCGGUCAUCCGCGCUGGGAAGCUGGAAGGUGGCCGUCAUCAAGGUUCUCCUCGAGGGCUUGAUGGUGAGUCCGACCUGCCCAUGUUCACAAGGAGCUCCUGGAGGGCUGCUGGGAGGCUUCAUUGUGGUGUUCAACCCGUCAGUCACGAGUUGGCGCAUCAACACCAGCAACCCGGUGUGGCAGGUCAUUCGGUGGACGGUGUGGCGCAGCCCCAUCAUGCGCAUCUACGGCUACGACACCUACAUUCUGGUGUUGUACAUCAUGGUGGUGGCGGUGGUUCUGUCGGUGCUGGGCCUGGUGUGGCUGACGCUGGCCAUGCGCAAGCAGGAGCAGAGCAAGUGGCUCAAGCGCGCGGCCACGGUGCUGCACGUGGUGUACGACCUGAUCUUCAUGAUGUUGUACGUUUCGUUCUUCGACUACUUCGUCUUCACAGCCAACUGCAACUUCGGAUCGCCUGUGAAAGUGAGUCAGGGGGAUUUAUGCGAUAUAGACGCAAACCACGUGUAUUUUGAGGACAUCAUGUGCCUGGAGAUGCCGCACAUCCUGCACAUGGCCGUGGCCUGCGUGACCGCGUGCAUCUUCUUCUGCGUCACAGCGCUGAUGGUCGUGGCGUCAUCGGACCUGAACCCCAUCUCGACUGGCUACCUCGCCUCGCCCGCCGCCAUCACCCGCCUCAAAAUUCUCACGGCCAAGGCGUUGUUCGUGAUCGCGUCGGAUGAUCUGCAAGGCUGGCCGAAGCCGCAGGCAAUCAUCAUCAUCUUCACAGUCGCCAUGAUCUGCUGGUGGAACUUCCGGCGGCUACCCUUCUACCGCAAGACUGUCAACGUGGUGUGGUGCUCCAUGUGGAUGGGCGUCCUGUACACGGCCGUCCUCCUGGCUGUGAUCGUCUUUUCCAACAACAAGUCUGAUGAUUUCAAACGGGACAUGACCCUGAAUGUGUUGUACGGCAUCUUCGCGGUCAUUGGCGGUGGCGUCGUACUCUGCUGGGCGCACGCAUGGUGGGCCACUCGUCCCGCCCAGAAAUUUAAGGGGCUGGAGCCCGGCGUCAAGAUCAGCAAGGUGUACAAACUGGAUGAUUACACCCAGGUCGAGGUGCUGUCCCGCGUGAUGCGCAAGUUUGACGUUGAUGGCGGCGUGGACGAGGAGGCUGCCGCGCUGGGCGAGACCAUCAUCAAGGCGGGGAUGCACACGUUUCCCACCGAUGCCUUCCUACUCAUCCUGUACGCAAACUUCCUGCUGGAGGUGCGGAAAGACGCCCCCGCGGCGCGCACGCAGCUGCAGCUCGCGCUGAAGCACAUGCCCACCCUCGUGCAACGCUACCAGAUCUUCUGCACGGGCGAGGCGUCCAAGCGCCUGAAGGACAGCCAGGACGGCGGCAUGGACCUGCAGGCCUACAUCGAGUUCAGGCGCAACUUCAGGGCGGUGCUGCGCGUUCAUAAGGAGGUGAUGCUGCUGCAAGCCGAUCUGUGGACGCUGAUGAUGCGCUCAACGGUCAAGGUCACGGAGGUAGACAAGGCGCUGACCGAACUGGAUAAUGGGACCGUCAGGGCCCACCAGGUCUACAAGAGGGUGCUGGAGCGCUACCCCACCAACGGCAAGCUGCUGCGCUGCUAUGGCAAGUUCCUGGAGGACGUGAAGCACGACCCCAUCGCGGCCGCACGCGCCUAUAACGAGGCCUCACGCAACGGCGGCGGCGACGCCAUCAUGAACCUGGACCUGAGCGCGGUGCAGAGUUCGGCGGACAAGCCCGAGUUCCUGACGUCUAUGUCGAUGGAGGACGACGCCGUGAUUGUGAUCAACGCCGAGGGCACCAUCAUGAUGGUCAGCCAGGCGGUGCAGAAGGUGUUCGGCUACCCGAAGACGGAACUGGAGGGUGCCAACGUGUCACUGCUUAUGCCGCAGCCCUUCAGUCAACGCCACCCCAGCUACCUCACCCGCUAUGUGAACGGUGGCGAGCCGCACAUUCUGGACACCGUCCGUGAGGUGGUGGCCCUGCACAAGGAGCGCUACGUGUUCCCCAUGCAGCUGUGCGUGACCAAAAUGUCCGGCACCGGUAGCGACAGCGUUUUCCUGGGCGUUGUGCGGCCGCUGGGCUCCAACCUGCUCAACGUGCGAGCCUGGGUGGCGCCAAACGGAGUCUUCCUGUGCGGCGACAACAAUUUCGCAAGCAUGUGCGGAGCCACGGAGAACGAGCUGGUGGGCCGUUCGCUGUCCACACUUCUGGACAACGACCAGAUGGAGGUGGAGCAGCUGUUGGAGCGCUGCCGCGACGCGCCCGCCGCGGAGCUGGAGGCGGGCGUGAUCAAGACGCAGCUGUUGCUGCGGCACAAGUACCUGGACCCGGUGCCAGUGGAGGUGACCCUGAGCCUUGCAGGCACGGACGGGCAGCGCAUCUACGUGCUCAACUGCCACCGUACGGACGGCUUGGAUGGCAACAUCAUGGUGGUGGAUACGCACAUGCGGCUGCGCUUCUGUUCGGUGGGCAUUUCCACGCUGCUGGGCUUCCCGCUGCGCAAGUUGGCCACCAUGAAGCUGGACCAGCUGCUGCCGGCGCCGUACAACACCAUGCACAACAAGUGGAUCAAGGAGAGCGGCACUGCUGCCAAUGAGAUCCCGCCCACCAGCUGCCGCGCGGGCAAGGUGGUGCACCUGCUGAAUGAAAACAACUCCCAGGUGCCCGUCAAGAUCAAGAUCCACACCGUGACGGCGGAUGACGGCGCCAGCACACAGCACGUCGUGCAAGUCAGCAAGGUUGGGCAAGACGAAAUCCACGACGAGAAGCGCCUGGUGAUCACCGCCAACUUCAACGGCCAGGUCGUGUCCGUUGAGCGGCCCGAGGCGUCCGUGUUCGACUUCGUGGCUGGCGACCUGGUGGGCACCAGCCUGUGCGACACGGUGGACAUUUUCGCAGACUGGCGUGAGCGCAACGGCGAGAGCCAGCUGCAGCUGCUGAUCCUGGCGCUCCUGGACAAGGAACACGAGAUGCCAGGCACCUCGUGGCGUGUGCGCGUCAAGCCGCCGCCCAGCGCUGCCGUUCCCAGUAGCCUGCCCGCUAUCGCAGGGGCAGCGGCGGCACCUGGCAGCAGCGGCAAGAAGUCUGCGUCUAAAUCGGCAUGCCUGCAGGCUGAGCUCAUGGAAUCGACUGACAAAGCCACCGGAGCCGCCGAGGGCGUUGCGGGCGAGAGCAGCUACGCGGACAACGGAAUUCGCAUCAAGGUGACGCUGUGGCGGCGCGACCUGCUGUCGGGCGUAGUGGAGCUGGACGAGGGGCUGGUCAUCCGCAAGGCCUCUUACAUGACCGGCCUGAUCGUGGGCAUGCCCGCGGCCGCCUUGACGAAGAAACCCAUCCAGAGGUUCCUUGACAUUCCCUACGACAUCUCCUGGGACAAGCUGGUUGCGGCCAACUCUAAGGGCCACAACAAGAAGAAGGGCGCGCUCAAGACUGCCAACAACAACCGCGGCACCAUUAGCCCGGUCAUGGCCUUCAUCGGGCCGCACCCAGACACCGGCACCAUGCGCAUCCUGACGCAGGGCGUGGCGACGCUGGCCGCGGGCGGCCGGCCCAAGAUCACCAUCACCAUGCACCCGGACACGCAGUUCGCGGGCGCCCACGCGAACUUGCUGCGCGUGCUGCACCUGCAGACUUCCAACAAUGGCGCGGACUCCGCCCACCCCCAAACCGCCGGUGGCAGUCACGCCGCUACGUCAACGUACGGCGGCGAUGCGCAUGGCAGCGAGGCGGGUGGUGCUGCUGGCGCGGCCGGAGCGCGCGGCCAUGCCGCAGGCGCGGCGGCGUCACGCCCGGACAGCGGCCAUCUGCGCUUCCCACAGGACGCUGCCAGCAGCGACGGUGGCCACGAUGGCGACGCGCAGCAGGGCGCAGACGACCCCGCUGGCGAUCACGGCAGUGACGAGCGUCACAGCAGCGACGGCGACGGCAGCGGCAGCGAGCACUCCAGGGGCCGCAAGGACGGCUCGGAGGACCUGGAGGCGAAGGGCCAGGCCAAGCUGCACAGCCGCGCCGCCAGCAAGUCGGACUUUGUGGCGCAGUGGGUGCGCACGCUCACCCACAAGAACAGCGGGGCGCUGGAGGCUCACCAGCAGCCGCCCCCGGUGGACCGGCGCAGCAGCAGCUCCGGGCUGGUCGGCAACUUGCCGGCCUUGCCGCCUGGUGUGGGCGGCGCCCCGGGUAGCGGCCUGGCGCCUAUUCCGGAGGACGGCGCGGCAUCUGCAGUGGGCGGCUCUGGCGCCGCCCAAAGGCAGAUGUCGACCAAGGCCAGCAAGUCCUUUGGCCGCGCGCUGUCGGACUCGCGGCAGGGCUCGUUUCGGGAGGGCGGCGGCGGCGGCCGCGUGCGCAGCGGUGCCCUGGCCUCAGAGAAGGGCGGCGGCGCCGCUGAUGGCGGCGACAAGGACAAGGGCGAGGACGACUGGGAGAAGGCCAGUGAGGGCGGCGAGUCCAGUCAGUCGGGCAGCCAGGCUGCCAGCGGCAUCACAGGCAUCACGGACGCGACGUCCGUGAGCGAGCUGCAGAUCGACUCGCGGCGCGGGCGGCUGCUCAAGGCGCUGACCAAGCUGCUGUGCGGCCCCAUGCUGAUGGAGCCGCUGGAGAGGCUCAGGCUGCACAGCUACUUGAUCUUGGCGUUCAUGCUCGUGACGCACAUCAUAUGCUACGUAAUCGUGCAGCGGGAAAUCAGCAUGGAGCACCACGACAUCAACCUGGUGGCGCGCCAGGCGCUGGCCAUGGACCGCUCGCAGCUGAUUGCCGUGCGCGCCAUGAUGGGCGCAUACUGUGAGCGGCCCAACGUCACCGAGAAGGUGUCGGUGUGCGCCAACACGCUCAACUGGACGCUGGGCAGACUCAGGGACAACAUCGCUCUCAUGGAGUCGCACCACCACUUCGUGUACUUGGGGGAGAAGGAGAAGACCACCGUCCGCCUGAUGCCGACGGCCUAUGACAUCUGGACGUCGGAGAAGAAGAAUUUCGUGUCCUACCUGGACACCAACCCGCCCCGGAGCAUUGACCAAAAGGCUGCCGUCUGGGUGCUGGGAACGCGCUUCAUCGCUGCUGCGCGUGAGGCGUUGUACUGGCUGCCCACCAUCCGCGAGAACUACAGGCUCCACCGGACCUACAACUUCCUAGUUACGAACGGCCUGGGCCCUCUUUUUGAGAUGUACGCCCACUCGCUCGACCACCUGGUGAACGCCGCCUGGCAAUCUGUGGACGAGCUGAAGAAAUCGCUCAUCGUUAUGAUGGUGGUGGAGGCGCUAUUUGUGCAGGUGGCCUGUCUGGUCUACGAGUGGGUCUUGGUGCACUCGCUGGAGCGGGCGCGGCUCACGGGAGUGCUGGCCAUGGUCGGGCUGCCCGGCCCUGUGCUGCGGCAGCUGGCCAGCAGGGAUGCCAAGAUCCUAGACGACAGCGAUGACGAGGACGAGGACGGCAACUCCGAUGUGGAGGAAGAGCAGCAGCGCGAUGUCGACAGGGCCGGUCAGCAGCGCCAGCUGGAGGAUGGAGGCGCCGGCGGCCCUGGGAAUCGGCCCGGCAGUGGCGCCGGCGCCGCCAAGGGUGUGCGGCACGCAGACAGCGGCGCGGGAGCUGAAGAUGCCGCUGAAGGUCAGGCCGGUGGACAGGCCAUGCGCAGGGCGAUGACUCGGAAGGAGCGGGAGCCGGACGGCGCUGCGGCGGACGGCAACAAUGCCUUGGCGCGCGCCAACGACGCUGCGCGCGGUGAAGGUGGGGAGGGCGGCUGGCCGCCAGCGCUGGUGAAGACGAGUGCCGGUGGCGGUAUGCACGGUGACGCGGACGGCGACGCCCACUCUGAUGUGGAUACCAGUGAUGACGGCAGGGGCGGCGGCGGCGGGCGGCACGGCAAGCAGCACCGGGGUCCUGUCGCUGUGACCAAGUUCCGUCAGGCCCGGCAAAGUGGCUUCCGCAUCAACGGCAAGACGCUGGCUCCGUCCAUCAUCAACGUCGGCAAGUUCGUGGCUCCGGUUAUUAUCUGGAACAUUGCGGUGGUGCUCAUCUACGCAAUCAGCCUGGUGCAGCUGAACAGCAUGCAGGGCCCGCUGGCGUCGCUCAACAUGGCCAGCCACAUCAUCUACCGCUACACGCGCGUGCGCGCCAUCGCCUUUGGGUUCGUGUCUCAGGACGACAUUGAGUCGCGCGAGGUCUGGCGCGGUAUGCUCAAACAGGAGAUGUCAUAUUUUUUGAGCGAGUACGACGCACUCAUGUACGGCGGCAACCCCAUUACGCAGAUCAACAGCGUCUUCAACCAUCCCGUCCCAGCCUCGACCUUUGCGUCCGCGUCCUUCGCAAAUGAGUUCUUCCGGGCCAAGCGCUGCUUCCGCAACGACCAGAGCGCUUGCUUCCAGGAGGGGAGCGAGUAUUACGAGGUCACACACAACGGCCUCGAUGUGAUGGUGCGGCGUAUGAUAUCGGAGAUGACCCUACUCAGCCAAGACGCCGACGAGGAUGUUCGUUACAACGGGACGCGCUACAUGUUCAUGGUGGCGGUUGGCGCUAACGACCUGUACGAGGGGCUGCAGCAGGCGGCGCAGCUGUUUGUGGACUACUCCAUCGGGAGGUACAACCAGGUCGCCGAUAUGCACACGUUUCUGCUCAUCGCCAGCGUCUUCGGUGUCGUGCUGUAUAUCCUCCUCAUCCUGUGGCCGCACCUGGCCCGACUCAAAGCCGACGCUGCGCGGCAGAGCGCGCUGCUGAGCCACGUGCCCCCGGAAAUGGACGUGCGGGCGCACGUCAAGGCCGUGUUUCGGUGCAGCGCGCAGCGGCGCAACGGCAUGUUCAGGUUCUUGGGAAGGGGGAAGGGUGGCAGCGGGGCAGGAGGUGGCGGGGGUGGAGGCAACACGGAAGCAGCGACCACACUCGUGUCCACCGGGGUGUGAAGUGGAGAAGUGAAAGGUUGAUGCGCGACGUAUGGUGCUGAUGGGCUGCCCACAAACUGACGCCAGGGCGCAGGGCAUUGUAGUACAUACCUACACAAUGACUAGGUGUUUGCAUGCAUUCGGAAGUGGUUGUUUGAGCACGGUUUUGGACGUUUCAUUCAUCGUUGUCGACGUGACUUGCAGUGCUGGUCUGAGAUGUUCCCGCGCAAGGGGUUUCGCGCAAGUACCAUAUCGCGCAUGCAUGGCUGUGUCCAUGCUGCCAGGGUCAGUCCUGGGUAGCUGGUGCCAUCGGAAUGGGUACUGCGCGGGUUGGCAACUCGCUAAAAUACAUCGCAUGUCGUGUGGUAGCUUCAUGGAAUGCUUCAGUGUGCGCACACCGAAUAAAUAAGAGAGCCGUAUGUUCCGCCAGUGACGCCAGUGGAAGGACCGUAUCGGAUUCCGUGUUCCAAUUUGAAGUGCGUGUGCUGAGGAGACGAACACCAGAACGGAGUACCCUUUGCCAGGUUGCUGCAGCGCCGCUGUUGGCACCCUGUACAAAUGCAGACGGAGAAGGCAGCACGACGUCGUUAAGGUGUCAGGCCCUGUUGCGGGCACGUCGGCACGGUUAGUUCUUGGGCAGGUGGCCGGUGAAAUGCCGGCGCCGUGUGCUGUGAGCGUGUCGCUACGUCGUGUGCUGGUUCGUGGCAGUGCCAUGGGUCGUACCUGCAUGCGUGUCGGAGAGCGCAGUCUAAAAUCCGCCAAUGACGCCUGGCGCAUCGGUUCGCGCAUUGUUCCUAGUUCCACUUACACCGAGUCAGGUUAGCGCCACGCUGCUCAUUAUUAGGUAGUCUGGAGGUGUGUGGGCCAUUUCCGGGACCCAAAGACAUGUAACCCAACUCGACCCCACUCUGCGCCGCCAGCACGCAGUCUUGCGGCGAGGCGGCGAGGUAGCCUAGAGCCGGAUGGCGAGCUCGCCCAGGCUUAUCCACGCAUGGCGCCAUCGCUGCACGAUUCACUGCGCGGCAGGGUUGCGGCAGACAAGAUGUUCACAUGCGGGAAGUUGGAUCGGCGGACAGGAUCCGAAGGCGCAUAUGGAUGGUGCAUGCAUGUAUGUGUGUGGAUGGGCACGACGCGCGCGGUGGAGCUGCUGCAGGGCGGCGCCAUCGAGCGCGUGCACGUGCGCAACUGCGUGCCGGGCCGCCGCCGUGCACAUUCAUUCAUGCCGAACGUAAGGUAGCUGCUGCUCUGGCCGCUAAUCAUUAGUUG